CAACACGAACAACUCAUGACAAGCUGGGGCCAGUGACGUCACCCUGACCCCAGACAGAGCACGCGAGAGCGAGGAUACACCGCGUGGGCGCGCACAUGCGCACAGGCUCGCUCCCAGCUUAACAGGAGCCGGAGCGCGGCAACAUACACACACCGCGUCGGUUCCCGUGAAGGUGCUGAGAGCGUGGACACUCCGCACGCCGAGCAGAGCUUUGCGGUGCAGGUCUGUGCGGCGGCCGGGAUGCGGGCUGGGACACGCGCGUGGGACUGACUGCAAUCAAUGGCUUGGCUUUGAAAUCAACGAACAUUUAUUAGAAAGGCGCGAGAGACCGAGCUACCGCAGGAUAGAGGCGCGUGAGCGGAGAAAGGGGCGGACAUCAACAUCCUUUAGCGAUGGAGCUCACGAUGGAGAACAUUGGAAACCUGCACGGCGUCCCGCACUCUCAUCAAACCAGUGACUUAAUGAACUCCCCGCACGCGCGGCAGUCGUCGGCGUCGCACCGGAACCUGGUGUCUCACGGACGCUCGGCCAUGGUGUCCAGCAUGGCCUCCAUCCUGGAGGGCGCGGGGGACUACCGCACAGAUCACGCUUUGUCCGGCCCGCUGCACCCCGCUAUGACCAUGUCCUGUGACUCCGGGAUGAGCCUGAGCAGCACCUACACCACCCUCACGCCUCUCCAGCAUCUACCCCCCAUAUCCACGGUCUCGGAAAAAUUUCACCACCCACACCCACACCCUCAUCACCACCAGGUGCACCAGAGACUUUCGGCAGGGAACGUCAGUGGCAGCUUCACCCUGAUGAGGGACGAGCGCAGCCUCGCCUCUAUGAGCAACCUGUACGGCCACUACCCCAAAGACAUGUCCGGCAUGGGCCAGUCCCUGUCCCCCCUGUCCAACGGCCUGGGCUCCCUCCACAGCUCCCAGCAGACUCUAGGCGCCUACGGCCCGGGGACGCACCUAUCUAACGACAAAAUGCUCUCGUCGGGGAGCUUCGAGUCCCACGCAGCCAUGCUGUCCCGGGGGGAUGAACACCUGGCGCGAGGUCUCGGAGGCCACGGGGCUGGGCUCAUGACGUCCUUGAACGGCAUCCACCAUCACAGCCAUCCUCACUCUCAGGCAAACGGAUCUAUGCUGUCCGACCGGGACAGACAGACGGUGGUGGGAGGCGGGCAGGGCGCGGGGUCGGGGCAGGUGGAGGAAAUAAACACCAAAGAGGUUGCGCAGCGGAUAACAGCCGAGCUGAAGCGCUACAGCAUCCCGCAGGCCAUCUUUGCUCAGAGGAUCUUGUGCCGGUCCCAGGGGACCCUGUCGGACCUGCUGCGGAACCCGAAACCGUGGAGUAAACUCAAGUCCGGCCGGGAGACCUUCAGGAGGAUGUGGAAGUGGCUUCAGGAGCCCGAGUUCCAGCGGAUGUCAGCCCUCAGGCUCGCAGCCUGCAAGCGCAAAGAACAAGAGCAACACAAGGAUCGCAACACAGCGCCCAAGAAGCAGCGCCUGGUCUUCACCGACCUGCAGCGCCGCACUCUCAUCGCCAUCUUCAAGGAGAACAAGCGGCCGUCCAAGGAAAUGCAGAUCACCAUCUCCCAGCAGCUUGGCCUGGAGCUCAGCACCGUCAGCAACUUCUUCAUGAACGCACGCCGGCGCUGCGUGGACCGCUGGCACGAUGACCACGGUUCCAGCCCCGGGCAGCCGGGUACUUCUGCCACCACUUUCUCCAAGGCCUGAGGGGUGGAGCGAGCGUUCAGAGGGACACUGGGCUGUGGAACCUGUCCACUACAACACUACCGGGUCCAGACCGCCUGAACGCCUCUGCUGGAGAGAUCCUUCGUGCCAUGCAAUCAUCCUUUUUGUCAGUCAAACCGUCAAAGCGUCACGAGGAGCAACCGGAGCGGCGUGACGUCAGACCCGUUCACCCAGAAACAGACAAUCAUUGAUUUCUUCUUGGUUUCGCUGAGGGAAAAUUAUUUUUAUGGCAUUUGUCGGAGCAAAGACACCAAAGAUUAGAUCUUUUUUUUGGAUGGCAUGUGCGCCUCCUCCUUCACCACACUGUUGCUUUACUUUCAAGCUCUCCGCGCCUCCUUUGUGUCUGCUCCUCACCCGCCCGUCCACGCCUGCACACACUGGGGCAGAGGAACGGCAAUAAAUCUGACAAGACAACAGCACAGCCUUAUUAUCAGAACCUCAUGCUGCGCACACACAAGCGCACCAUCAGAGAAAACAACAACGCUACACCACCUCUCCACGCCUCCCUCUCGGCCUCCUUCAUUCCUCGGCUGAAGGUAUUCCCUGAAGGCCAGCCAUUUCGGAGAGUAGCUCAGCCUGAUCAUACAGCAAACUAAUGAAUUGAAAACUGAAUCGAUGGAGACAGAGCGAGGGGCCUCGACCCCUCCUGAAGGUGAAACUCAAGACGCUCGGCAGGAGAAACUCAGGUCUUCCAGGCCCAGGUUAUAUUUUUGCACAGAUGUCCAGGGCCUGCAGAGAGACGUGUCGUUGUUCCUCCAGAAUCUGUGUUUCUCCAACCACCAGGAGAGGCGGGCGGGAUGUCUGGACGCGCUCUUUGUUCUGCUGGGAGCUGUUCCUCAGAUCAAUAUGUGAGAACCAAAUGAUGACAACAAGAUGCUCGGGGAUCCAGCCAACUGCAUUACAGCUGCAUACGAAAAGCAGAAUGUAAGAGGAGCACAUGGAGCCCUGUGGAGAUCAGGACCCACUACAGCACACCCCUUUCCCCUCCAUCCGCAGGCGGAGCAAUGCUGCCCCCUACUGCUGACAACCCAGACCCUCAUCCAGCAGAACAAGGGGCCUCAAAGCCAAGGAGACGUCACGGCACAGCACAUCAGGGCCCUCGCAGCUCUUUGAAGGCAGAUCAAUAGCUAACCAUUAUCCUAUUGUUCCCCCUCCAACCAGCACCAGUGAAGCUGGAGGGGGGGGGGGUGAUCCAGCUGAAAAAAAAAACGCAGGGAUUUAUCAAAGACAAGGAUUAAUUCUGGCAACCCAGUUCUGAAGGGUCAGAAAACGUGAGUGCUUUGGUAGAAUCGUCUCCACCUAAAGCGAAAGCAGCUCUCAGCAGAUGCAAAGGAACGUUCUGGACGCUCCUCCACGGAUGUCGUGUGGAACUAAUCCAACGCGAACCACCAUCAUCAUCUGUUCUAACGCUACAUCAACGAGUGCCAAUGCUAACUGCCUUAAUGUGAGUCAGAAUGUGGUCGUAGGGUUAACACCGCCGCCACGCCCCCCAGCGUGUGCCACAGACAUCAACAAUCAGCUUUUACCUGAAUCCACUUUUUUAAAAAAUGCAGACAAAGGAAGGAACCGAAGAAAAAGCAGACCUCAUCUGAGAUGAUCCCACAAACACAGAGCUACGGCGCAGCAGACAGCAUCUCCAACCUGUGGAAGCAAAAAGAAAGCUUCCUUUCUUUCUUUGGUUCUCUACCUCCUCUCUUCCUCUGCCCCCCCCCUUCCUCUCUAUAAUGAUGCGGGUAUUUCAUUGGUCCCAUAGACACAAAGUUUCUAGUUCUUCUUACUAUUGUGCAUAAAAGGCACCUUGUUGAUAAAUCAAAGACAAAAAAGAAAGGACUUUUUCAAAGGAAAAGGGGGACACGGGGGCCGCUGAUGGACUUUGGAGUUUUUAGUGAAUUUGAACAAGACUUUUACCACAAACAAGAGGGGAACAAAGAAAACCGGAGAGCAGUUCAUGUCAGAACUGUGUUCCUUUCUCCCCUGGUUGGGGUAAAUUGUCCUUCGAACGCCCUGGUUGACUCAGUAUGGAGGUUGGGGUGGGGGUCACAAUGGUUAUCUGUUUGGUCUUAAGAUGCAACUGUAGCAUUUCCAACAAUGUAGUCAGAUGAGCGGUGCAGAUUAGGAGCUGAUGAGGAGGCGCUGCCUCCCUCACGCUGCUGUGAGCAGGGAGGAGGAGCAGCUGAAAACAACGUCAAGUUGGUAGGUUAAUAGCUGGACUCAGCUUCAGGAAUGAAGCUGACCAAACGACAUUUGUUUGUAGUGAGAACCAAUAUGGCUACCUCACUGAGCUGAGUGGUUUGUGAACCCGCCACUAAUACCAAAGAUACUGCAGCCUACCGGUCGCAAACUGCCUAGGGGGACGGAAACCAAAAACAGCCCCCCCCCCCCCCAUUUAAACAUCCACCCCCCCCCCCCCAUACACACACACACACACAUCUGCACAGCGCAGUCGGACUGCAGUGGGCCACGCAGGCGGAGGUGGCUGCCCUGCAGAUGGAGUUGAGUGCCUUUUCCCUUCAACCACAGGUGGGACUGCACUGGCAUACAGAAGCACACAAGUAGACGCACAUAGCUGCAGACAUGCACCCAGAACUGGACGGACAUGGAAGUUGGGGGGGCAGAGAGGGACACAAAGUGGGGGCUGUGUCAGCAUUUUAGCUCAUAUUGAAUUUCCAUCUUCUACACUAGAACCCAAAAGCACUUUAUCACGUAGGAAGUCUGUGGAAAAAGCAUUUUUUUCCUCCAUCCGUUUUUCAUUCAGCCUUGGGCCGUUCGGCCUGCGUGCUCAUCGUCUCAGCUGCUUUACUUCCCUCCAAUCAGAGAUAUUUUUGUGAACCAGAGACAGAGGGAGGUUAAGGGGGCCGGCUUUAAGCACGCAUGGGGCGCCACUUUCAGACGCUGGCACUUUGCGUUCAUCAAACACAGGAAAAACAUGUAGGACUCAUGCAGCAUAAAGACACCAACAACCCCCCCCCCCCCCCAUCAACAGCUCCCCCUGGCUAGUGCUGCGACUCGGUCAGCGUGUGUUGACAAUUAUUUCUGAAAUACCUCAAAAACCUUUCCUGUAAACUUUAUGUAAUUUAAAGUGAAAAUAAAACUGCUAAUGAUGAGGAUAAUUAUGAAACUAUGAUACUAUGAUAGUUAGUUUUGGAACUCGUGACUUGAAGCUUUAUACUGUUAAAUUUGUUUGCUUCUUUUUUCGUACAUUCUCCUGUUUUUUUUUUUUUUUUUGCUACGGCAUGUACUUACUGUUUUCUUAGAGGAGAAGACGCUGUGAAUGUUUCUGUGGAGGUUGGUUGGGGCAGAAGAGACAAAAGACAAGGCUGGAACGCAGAUUUUCUGUUCAGAGCAGACAGCAGCUUUCAAAGGAAAAAAGUGAUGCAAAUAUAAUCUGAACUCAGUCAAAAACACCAAACGUUGAUGCCAAACCAAAGGAGGAACAACCUCAUUUUCUUUGUGAGCUUUCUUCUGCCUUUACGUCGUCUUUUCUCUGAAAAAAAAAAUGUUUCACAGUUACUUUUGAAGGUUCUGGGUGUGUUUAAGUGCUCCUGAUGUUCUUAGAAUAUUACAGACCAGCACCUCCUUUUGAGAAGAAGGUGUGCUUUUUUUGUGCAUGGAUAUUGUAUAACUGUAUAGAAACCAACAGGAACGACCUGUGUGACUUUGUGGGAUGGAGAGGACGGAAAGACUUGGGAGUGGGUGGAGAAGGGGUGGGGACAUUUUGGUUUUCAAAAUAAGAGACUCAAAGGGUGGGAGGGUUUGGGUUUAAGGUGUUGGAGGGGUCUUUGUUUUUAGAGUUUCUGUCACUGUUGGAUUCACUGGUUGUGUGCAUGUGUUGUUGCAACCCGCCCCCUUUCCCCAUGUUUCUUUGAUGUAUAUAAACCCAGAUGGUAGGGGGCAGUGUGUACUGGGGGAGGUCAAACCCCUCCUCUCCCAAUCAGCAGCAUUCAGUCUUCAUUCCUCAGCUUCAGUCACAUUCGGGUCCUGAAACGUGUCCUGCUUUUCCAAAAAACAGGGUUGUUUACUUGGAGUUAAUCAGAGGGACACGGGGACCCGAGUGACCUUUGUGUGUCCACAUGUGUGUUUGCGUGUUCAUUCUUAUCUCUGUGAAGGACAAUGCUUGAUAUGUUUGGUUCUUUUCCAUGGGUCGCAACAUUUGUCAUGCAAAAACUGAAACCGUUUCAUAAUGACUGACGAACCAACCGCAGCCCCACGUGGCGACCGACCGACCGUCUGGCGGGAAACGCCGUGGCAACGUUCUGUCAAACAGCAUCUGUGUGUCGUUUCCUGGUCGGACUGAACGGUUGUCGUUGGGGGCUGAUGUAGACGCCCCCAGUCACACUGUGCUCUCCCUCUUCUGUUACCUGUUAAUCAAUCAGAACCAAGUGUCUUUGUGAUGGUAGAAGACAAUCAGUUUCAAAACAAGAAUAAAGGUUUAGAGGGCAGGCCAGUGGGGAGGAGGGGGAGGAGGAGCAACAAGAGGCUCUCUGGUUUGAGACAAACUGUAGUGCACAACUGCCAAACAACUGCCCCACCGGCCCCGCUCACACAUCCACCCCUCAUCCCAUUGCCAAAGUUCACACCCCCCGGGCUCGGCCCCUCCUCGGUACUCCUCACCCUCAUUUUAAAGAACAAACAAGUUGAUUUCCCAUCAUCCCCCACGACUUCCUGCUAAUCUGAUGAUGUAACCAACCGCGAGGAAUAAAAAUGGCUCCGGUUGGUGACUUUUGCACAGUGAACUAUGCAAACACCUGACCCCCCCAAUCCUAAUCGUUGCUGCUGGGUCAGAGUGUACAACCCUCAAUGCCCCCCCCCCCCCCAUCACAUUUUAACCCCCUCCUGUCCCACACAUCCCAUGUACUGAGUGAGGGUGGGGCACCCCUGCUUCUGUGGUUGGUGAGAUAAGGGCACCAGAGUCCCCCCCAAACACCACCCCACACCAACCAACACCAAGCGCCCCAAACUGCCACCGACAUCAGAAUGGAGUCAAAGCUGAGGCCGCUCCUGCAGAUCCUUCAAUGUUUGAUCGUCUUUGCCCCCCAGUGCCAAGGAAGGGCCCCAAUCAGAGCAAAGACACUUACGUUGUACGAGUUUACAGAGUCGUCUGGAGACGGUGGCUAAUACUGCACUAGAACAGACGCACAGGAGACACGCACACACCGGCGAGGGUUCGAGUCCCCUCAGAGAGUCUGCAGAAACCAAAGACAAAAUCAGAGGAGCGACAAUCUGGCUGCCAAAUCCAAGACAAUGUUGAGCUCUCUGGGCGACUCCGACAUUCCUCGGCCACGAGGACAUUCCACGUCUUGCACUUAGACACACGUGCACAUACUUGCAAAACCCACACAAAGGCGAGAAAACGCCCACGUCUCACCAGACAGCCUCGGCCCUCCUCCCACUGCAGAAGCUGGAGAGCCUGUGGAGGACUUUUAGGUUCACUCUGAGACUCUUGAGAAGGAAAAAAAUUGGAGUAAUAACUGUACCAGAAAAAUAAAAACUUAAAAGGAUAAUAUGGGUAAUUUGCGUGUUUUGAAAUAAAUCAAGAAAUAAAACAAUUGUAAAACAAA